AUGGACCCUCCAGAGUGCAAGAUAACUCAAAAGGGCGGUGAAUACAUUGGAAGGAAGAGCCAUUCAGGAUCCGCAUGUCGACCUUGGGGGAUACCUUGGAGGAGCACAACAUCUGGAAUGGGUACGUUCUUCUUACCGGCAUUUCCAGACUACAAAGAAACUGAGGAGACACACAACUUCUGUCGCAACCCUGAUGGACGCGUCGCUCCUUGGUGUUUCAUUGAGAAGGAAAAUCGUGAGGUUGAAUUCUGUGACAUUCCCUUUUGCGAGAUACAAGAAGUUCAAGUCGGACCCAAGGGGAACGUGUAUCCCGAAUGCAGACUGACUGAGAAAGGAAAGGAAUAUUUUGGGUCGAAGAAUUUGACUGAGACGGGAAAGCCUUGUCUCAAUUGGGAAUCUCAGCCUUAUGGCAUGCCAUGGGAUUUCAUCAAUCAGGAAAUGCCUUAUCCAGAUCACUUCAUCAACGUUGACCCAGCAAUCCACAAGAAUUACUGUCGGAACCCAUCUCUGUACAGAGAAAAGCCAUGGUGCUUCGUCACUGACUCAGACAUCGAGUGGGAAUACUGCGACAUUCCCUUCUGUCAUUACCUCGGUGGGUCCAUCAAUUCAAUCAUGGGGAAUUUGGCUACUUCACAAAUUGAAGCCAACCGAAUGCAAGCUGACGCGAAGCGCCGCUCCCUAUCUGCAUUUCCAGAUGAAAUUGAUGGGAGCCACAACUUUUGCCGCAACCCUGAUAGCACAGGCCAUGGUCCAUGGUGUUUUUUACGGCAAUCAGACAACUCAUUCGCCUGGGAAUAUUGCAAUGUUCCUUUUUGUGAUCGGACAGGAGAACAAUGCGUUAUUCACGUCUCGGGAAAUUGCAUAAGUCCAUUGGAGUGCAAAACUAGUCAAAAAGGAAAGGAGUACAUGGGAACAAAAAACAUUACAAGAUCAGGUCACCCGUGCCUGCUGUGGAUGAAGAGGCCAAGCUAUAAUACACAUUACGAUUUCUAUGUGAAAGUUAAUUCGUUCCCGGACGACUUGCAUCCUUCUCACAAUUUUUGUCGGAAUCCUACUGGAGACAAGAAUGGACAUUGGUGUUAUUAUCGACAUGGAACUGAUCUCGCUAUGGAUUACUGUGAUAUCAAACUUUGCUGA